ACCUCUCAUUACCCCGAUUCGCUCUUCUCACAGUCCUUCCGGUUUGACCGCCAUCAUAGACAGCAGAUAUGGCUAUCCGCUACCCUAUGGCUGUUGGCCUUAACAAAGGCCAUCCUGUUACCAAGAAUGUGACUACUCCUAAACACAGCCGCCGACGUGGGCGUCUGACCAAACACAGCAAGUUUGUCCGGGACAUGAUCCGGGAGGUGUGUGGCUUUGCUCCGUAUGAGAGGCGAGCCAUGGAGUUGCUGAAGGUGUCCAAGGACAAGAGAGCCCUCAAGUUUAUCAAGAAGAGGAUUGGCACUCACAUUCGUGCCAAGAGAAAGAGAGAGGAGCUGAGCAACGUACUGGCUGCCAUGAGGAAAGCUGCUGCCAAGAAGGACUAAUCUGUCACUUAAUAAACGUUUUCUAAACUCCAAAA